UUUAUUCAGUCAUGUCUGCCACCGCUGACAAGGCGCGAUUCUACUUGGAACAAUCCGUUCCAGAGCUCAGAGAGUACGAGAGGAAAAAGAUCUUUAGCAAGGAUGAAAUCACAUCAAUCAUCAAGAAACGAUCCGAUUUCGAGCACAAAAUCAAUGCGCGCGGCGCUCAGCCGGCCGACUUUGUACGGUAUGCUGAGUACGAAAUGAACCUUGACAGUCUCCGGCGCAAGAGAGUAAAGCGACUGGGUAUCAAGUCGACAGGAUUCAGUGGGCAACGUUUUUAGAGUCUUCGUCCUCGAUCGUGCCACUCGCAAGUUCCAUGGCGAUAUCGGUUUAUGGGUCCAGUACAUCGAAUAUGCCCGACGGCAGAAGGCAUUUAAGAAGCUCAGCACAAUCUUGAUGGAUGCAUUGCGGCUCCAUCCAACCAAGGCUGACUUGUGGAUUUAUGCCGCACAUUAUUCUGUUGAAGACCAUGCCGAUAUGUCUCAGGCCAGGACAUAUAUGCAGCGAGGGUUGAGGUUCUGUAAGACCUCCAGGAAGCUCUGGAUCCAAUACGCCAAGUUAGAAUUGAUCUACAUUACGAAACUGGUCGCUCGACAACGGAUACUGGGACUUGAUGAGAAGCCUGAGGGUCCCAAGCAGCAGGUUUCCGAGGAUGACCUCAACGCCGACAUGAUUAUGAUGCCACAGAUUACGGAGGAGGAUAUCAACCCCAAGGCACGGGAUGAUACCAUCGAUGAAGCGGCGCUGAAAACUCUCAACUCAACUCCCGCACUCACCGGUGCGAUCCCACUCGCCAUCUUCGAUUCCGCUAUCAAAACCUUCGAUUACAAUGAUUGUUUCGCCCACGAGUUCUUUGACAUGGUCUUCGAGUUCGAAGACGUACCCUGCCUUCAGAAGAUUCUCUCUCAUAUCCUCGACGUAAUGCAAGAGUCCAAGCCCAAUAGCCCUCAUACACUGAUAUGCUACAUCAAAUACCCUACGGCUGGCGUUAGGGUCACUUCGGCCGAGUUCCCCCGUGCACUGGGAGCGGCGCUCUCGCGACUGCAAGAACACCGCCAGAAACCUCAAGUGGCGAAGGAGGUGAUUGACUGGUUACGUCCAGUCGAGAAGACGAAAGAUCUGGACCCAUCUAUCCAAAAGGUUAUCGCUGCCACGAUUCACAAAGCGGAGCUGGUUCUUCAGGAAGCGUAG